UCCUUUGACUAAAUGGGCCUGAAACUUGACGAAAGCCAAUUGAGAUUGAGAUAAUCGUCGGCCCAUUCCCAAGCCUCUUCCUCGUUUGUAUCCCAAAAUUCGCUACCUAGGGUUUGUUUAACCGUUCAGUCCUUCACCCUUCACCCUUCACCAGCCACCUACAGCUGUGCGCUAUUUAUGCAGGCGUCUCAGAAUCUUGAAAUACAGAAUCAAAGCUCAAACAUGGAGGCCGAGACUGCAACAGAAGCAGGCUUGUCACUGAUAAAGCAACUCGCUUCAUGCAACAAGAGCGGCCGAGACAGAGCACUCAGGGUCCUCCUCAAGACAUGGCUGCCAACCCAACUCAAUCUCCAUGACGACCACAUGAAGAAGCUCUGGAAAGGCCUCUUCUACUGCAUAUGGCACGCAGACAAGGUCCCGGUUCAGACCCAGCUCAUCGAUCGACUUUCCUCUUUGGUCCUCAGCCUCCAUCUCCCUCUUUCCAUCCAUUACUUCUCGGCCUUUUUGCUCACUAUGCGCCGCGAGUGGUCCGGCAUCGAUGCCUUGAGGUUAGACAAGUUCUACCUUUUGAUUCGCAGAUUUAUGGCUAGUUUCUUUGCUUUGAUGAGAAAUAAUUUGUGGGAUUUGGAGCUGGUGAAACGUUUGAUGGGUGUGUUGGAAGAGGUGACUUUUUUCGCUGACGAUAAGUUUCUAGGUAAUGGUGUUAAUUACCACAUUGCCUCUGUUUUUCUUGAAGAGCUUAGGCCGUAUCUUCCGCUUAAGGCUGAAGUUCUUGAGGUUGUUUUAGUGAGUUUUAUUCGUGUUUCAGCUAAAGUUCCUGAUAAAGUCUUGUUGGGGAAGAUUAGGAGUAAUAUGUUUGAUGCUUUGCUGGGGGCGGGGAAGAGGCUGUUGGAGGUUAAGAAAUUGGGGGAG